CAGGGUCUCUAUUUCCAUAUCAACCAGCGAGAUCUGGAGUCGAUACUUGUAUCUCUUUGAACCCGCUACUUCCCUGCUCACAUCUAUGAUUAAUGCACACGGCAUUGAUCUCGAGGCAUCCUACACAAGGCAUUGUCUCCUAGGAGCAUCGCCGCAUCAUCCGACCUGCCUCGCCUUCCUCUAUUUCUCUCUUUACCCUUGGACGACGAAGACACCGACGACGGGCCGAUACAAGAGCUGGGCGCAACCUAGAAACACCCCUUCGUUGCUGCAGCCAUGGGUAAUACUCCAGCUAAAGAGUCACGCUCUGGCGACCCCAGCGCCUCCUCUGGUCGUCACCACCGAUCCUCCAUCGCUCCCGCCUUCGACCCUUCUGCCUCCUCUUCACGCGACAACCACAGCUCUCGACUGAGGAACCGCUCCAGCCGGAACGACCUGGGUGCCAUUCUCGGCAUCGGUUCCUCCAGCAACUCCCGGGGCGAGUCCUCACAUGAGAGGCGCGAGACCAGGGCCGAGCGCGAGGCCCGUCGCUUAGAACGGGAGAGGAUCAACCGGAUCAAGGACCGCGAGAGAAGUCUAAGGGAAGAGCAUGUCGAUGGCGGCUACCUGGUGACCAUGGGUGUCUAUGUCGGCACCGAGGACUUCAGCAAGCAGGUCGUGCGGCAGCUACAGAUCGAGAGGAAGCUCGCGCCCUUUUGGCGAGGCCUCAACGACUUCUCAGAGACCUGGGCCGAGCACCAGAUCGUCGCCGCCGCACGAGGCCUCCCGAUCCCGCCCGCCGACCAGACCCCUCCUCCAGAGCUGAUCCCUCGGCCUGCGUCCCAGCAUGCAUCGCCCACCGGCUCGACGCCCAACCUGAACAAUCUCACCGUCCCUCUCGGACCUCGGACCAUGUCUGCGGCAUCUGAUCGGAGCGCGUCCAAUGCUGGCUCCGCCCUACCCUCGCCAACAUUUACAGGGCCGUCCAGCAAAGGAUCCCCUGCCGCUUUCAAGCCUCGUACCAAGGCCCUCGCUGCCGCCCUGAGCCUCGGAUCAAGAAACGGAUCAAGCAGCGAGCUCACACCACGCGAGAUCAACCUUCCCAAUGACCCCUUCGUCAACGGACAGCCGCUCGAGGUGUUCCUCUACAAGGAGGGUGCCGAGUGCCCCAUCUGCUUCCUCUACUACCCUCCCUAUCUGAACCACACGAGAUGCUGCGACCAGCCCAUAUGCAGCGAGUGUUUCGUUCAGAUCAAGCGGCCCGAUCCGCACUUUCCGGAUAGCCACGACAACGAGGGGAACGCGGCGGACGCCUCCAGCCCGGAUGCCAACGUGGAGGAGGCCGAAAUGCUGAUCUCGGAGCCGGCCACAUGUCCCUACUGCCAACAACCCGAGCUGGGCGUCACCUACGAGCCACCUCCCUUCCGACGCGGCCUGACCUACACAAUCUCCCCCGCCACCGUGGGCCAGAUGGGCACGGCCAUGAGCUCAAAUAGCUCACUCGGGUCCACGUCACCGUCGCCCUUUGUAUCACCUCCGCCCUCCGCUUCGAUUGGCCGGCGCCGAACCCAGUCACUAUCCGCCAAUGCCCCAAAUGUCAUCACUACCGACCGCGUCCGGCCUGACUGGGCGGCCAAGCUUGCCGCACAGCGCAAUCACCUGGCCAGGCGCGCUGCAGCUGCCACUGCUCUGCACACGGCCGCCUUCCUGAUGGGUGACAACACGGGGAGGUCAUUUGGCAGGAUGAGCAGGUUUGGCAGGAGAAACACUGGCGAGAACAACGCCAACGACAAUGGCGCGUCCGCCUCGGCGAGUGCGGAACCCGCACCGUCAGGCUCAGAGCCGGGUGGUGCCAGAAACACCUCGAGCCGCUCGGCACUCGUCGGGCCUCGCCACAGCCAUAUGGAAAACCUGGAGAACAUGAUGCUUGCCGAGGCCAUCAGGCUGUCGCUGGCGGCCGAAGAAGAACGGAAGCGUAAAGCGGACAAGGAGGAGCGGAAGGAAGCGAAGAGGAAAGAAAAGGAAGAGCGCAAGGCGGCCAAGGCGGCCGCAAAGGGUCAACCUUACAACGGGAGCGGGCAUAGCUCAGCCAGUGGAAGCACGCUGAGCCUACCAGGCCUGAGCACGAUCGGUCGCAGGAGAGGCAAUAGUGCUGCAUCCAACCUCCGCGUCGAGGCUACGACCGCCAACGCCAUGGCUUCCUCAGGCAGCUCGAGCCCGCCCAAGGCUAACAACCCCACGAGCGCCAGCGACAAAGGGAAGGCUGUGGACAGGGGCGGCCCACCGCAAGUUAGCCCCGAGUCCGAGGUUGGGAAGAGCAAUGUCGAUGCUGUGCACCCGGUGACAGCAGCCCCAACCUCCAUCCCAGCCCCACCACCGUCCUCCUCACCGCGACCGAUCCCUUCUCCACUUCACUCUGCCGGGCCUUCCCACCUCCGCCAGAUGAGCAGCGCCUCCAGUGCCUCCGAGUCGGGCCCCGAGUCCCAGCCAGGCAGCUAUCAGAACCCAUCCAACCUACAAUUCCAGGACCCACGGUCGAGUGGUCUCUCCCUGAGCGGCAAGAGCGACAACAGUGAUGAUGCGGGCGGGCGACCUGCAGAGGACAGCGAGACGGAGCCCAACUACAACUUCAACAGCCUGGCACAGCUGGUCGGCGUGGAGCUCGAGGGCGUCAAUGCCGGCCGCCGGCUGAGCCAGAUUGGCGAGAGCCACGCUGAGGAGGAGAGCACUGCGGAUGCAGACAAGCGCAGCUCGCUCCACGAGGGCACCGAACACGUGGAGGAUGUGUCCACGUUCGUCGACACGCCGCAGCUGAUGGUCACACCCGGGACCCCUAUGGUGGGAGACGACGAGGCAGCCGAGUCUAAGCAACUUGGUUUUCAGGGCACACAGACGGUAGAGGUGCCGGAUGAUUUUGCCACACAGUGA